GCAAACCCAAUUCACCCCCUUCCUUUUUAAUUCUUUCUCCUGGUGUGUCUGCUCCAACACCCGAGCUAAUCCCCCAAAUCCGGUCUCCUAAGCCGCAGCUGCUUCCCCGGGCGGUGAUGAAUGGCUCGGGAGGGAAGAUUCUCUCUGGCGAGCAGCCCCCCAGCCUGGCCUAGGGCAUGCCCCAGUUCACUUUCGCCUGCUUCUGUGGCCUCCACGGCUUCUGCAAGAUGAAGAGGAAGAAGGAGAAUGUCCCCAGAGAGCGGGAAACUGCAGUGUGAGCAGCCAGGCCCACCCGCCCAGGGCCCUGCAGGUUCUGGGCUCGAGCGCGCCCACUGCUGGCUGGGGCCAGGA